AUGAAGCUCUCAAGUGUAAUGACCGUGGGUUUGGCAAACCGGGUACUGGCUGCCAACCCUCCUGUCUCCCCAAUUGACUACAACUCGGCUCCACCAAAUCUUUCUACCUUGGCGAAUGCAACCCUAUUCGACACCUGGAGACCCAAGGCCCAUCUCCUCCCUCCAUCUGGGAAGAUUGGCGACCCAUGCGGGCAAUACAGCGAUGCUAAGACUGGUCUCUUCCAUGUAGGUUGGCUGCACGACGGAAUGGCAGGAGCUACAACCGAUGAUCUCGCUACCUACAAGGACCUCAAUCCUGAUGGAGCUCCGUUCAUUAUCGCCGGAGGAAAGAACGACCCUCUGGCUGUCUUUGACGGUUCCGUCAUUCCCAGCGGUAUCAACGGUCUGCCAACCCUGCUGUAUACCUCUGUCUCGUAUCUCCCAAUCCACUGGUCCAUCCCCUACACCCGGGGAAGCGAGACACAAUCCUUGGCCGUUUCCCAUGACGGUGGACGCAACUUCACUAAGCUCAACCAAGGCCCCAUGAUCCCCGCACCUCCUUUUGCUGUCAAUGUCACGGCCUUCCGUGACCCCUACGUUUUCCAAAGCUCCAUUCUGGACAAAUCGGUCAACAGCACUAAGGGAACCUGGUAUGUCGCCAUCUCCGGCGGUGUCCACGAUGUCGGACCUACCGUGUUCCUCUACCGUCAGCAUGACGCAGACUUCCAGUACUGGGAAUAUCUUGGCCAAUGGUGGAAUGAGCCCGUCAACACAAGUUGGGGCAAGGGUGACUGGGCCGGCGGCUGGGGCUUCAACUUCGAGGUUGGCAAUGUCUUCGGUCUGAAUGCAGAGGGAUACAGCGAUGAUGGUGAAAUCUUCAUUACCCUCGGUACUGAGGGCUCCACGCUCCCCAUCGUUCCCCAGGUCUCUUCCAUCCACGAUAUGCUGUGGGUGGCUGGAAAUGUCACUAACGACGACUCCGUCACCUUUAAGCCAACCAUGGCAGGUGUGCUUGACUGGGGUCUGUCGGCCUAUGCUGCAGCAGGCAAAGUCUUACCAGCCAGCUCUCAGGCAUCCAAAAAGAGCGGUGCCCCCGAUCGUUUCAUCUCCUACGUCUGGCUCACCGGAGAUCUAUUCGAGCUAGCGAAGGGAUUCCCCACUGCUCAACAAAACUGGACCGGUGUUCUCUUGUUGCCGCGUGAGCUGAAUAUCCGCACUAUCCCCAACGUGGUUGACAACGAGCUUUCCCGCGAGUCCUUGACAUCGUGGCGUGUGGCCCGCGAAGGAUCUGGUGAGGUCGAUCUCGAGACAAUGGGAAUCUCAAUUGCCAGGGAGACUUACAGCGCUCUUACAUCCGGUCCUUCGGUUGUCGAGUCUGGUAAGACCUUGUCCAAGGCUGGUUCCGUGCCUUUCAACACCUCACCCUCAACCAAGUUCUUCGCUAUGACAGCGAAUAUCUCUUUCCCGGCCUCCGCCCGUGACUCUGGUAUUCAAGCUGGUUUCCAGGUCUUGGCCUCUGGUCUUGAGUCUACCACUAUCUACUACCAAUUCUCCAACGAGUCCAUCAUCAUCGACCGCAGCAACACAAGUGCCGCGUCGAAGACAACUAAUGGAAUUCUCAGUGACAAUGAGGCGGGCCGUCUUCGUCUCUUUGAUGUCUUGGAAAAUGGAAAGGAAAAGAUUGAGACUUUGGAGCUCACCGUCGUGGUGGAUAAUGGUAUGCUGGAAGUCUAUGCCAAUGGACGAUUGGCUCUAGGCACUUGGGCUCGGUCUUGGUACACCAACUCGACUGGUAUUAACUUCUUCCACAAUGGCGUCGGAGAGGCGACAUUUAGUAAUGUGACGGUCUUCGAGGGACUGUAUGACGCCUGGCCACAAAGAAAGUGA